CGAUUGGUCAAGACGUGGAAGAAGAACAGAAACCUUUAAUUUUAGCCACAGUAAAUAGUCAAGAAAUAGGACCAAUUAGAAUUAUUCCUUCACCAAUAGUCCUUGAUGAAUUGUCCUCCACGGCUAGUGAGUUAAAACUGUGUUAUAAUAUUUAUUACAUAAUAUUUAUAAAAUAACAUUAUGACUAUGUUUUUCGAAAUAAAAUAAAAUAUUAGAACAUUUGUCCAAUUAUGAUCAUAAACGAACACAAAUAUACAAUGGAGAGACUAACCAAACCAUAUCAUUUACUUAUUUUAUGUGAACGAAUAGUGAGUUAAAACAUAAACUGGGGAUAGAAGAAUUAAAAUAAAAGAAUUUAUCAUAAAAAAAUAUUAAAUCAGAUUAUUUUUGUACAUUAUUGUCUAUGGUAUAUAAAAUGAAUGUGAGUUCUGUGUUAGAAUCACAAAAAAUAAACCAAAAAUAAAUUUUGUAUGAUAAUCUAUUUUUCCCUAUAUUAUGUACAUACAAAAAUGUGUUUUCGAAUAUUAUUUAGCAUCUCCGAAAAGUAUUUAUUUAUUGGAUUUAUCCGGUUAUUAUCUUAAAAUACAUAAAGAAAUUAUCUAGUUACUUUUAAUUUCACUGAGUGUACUAUUGUAUUAUCCUUGUACUAAUAACUCUGUCAAUAUUUAUUUUAUAUUUUUAAGCUAUGACUGAAAAAAUAUUGAUCGGAUAUCAAUGUAUGUUACAAUAGAAUGUUAAGAAUAAUAUCUUUUAAAAAAUGAAUAUUUUGAAAAGUGAUAAAAUAAAAAAAAAAAAUGUCUAGUGAUGAAUGAACGAAAAUAAAAAUUUAACUAUUUUCCGUGUAUGAAUCCCUCCUCUCCCCACUCUCUUGGCAUAAAACCUGAUUGAAAGAAAAACCAAUAGUGUCAGAACUAUCAGCGAAAGGAUAUCACUGCAGAAUAAUCUUUAAAGUUCUUAUUGUUAAAUAAAAACAUGUAUCAAUUAGAAACUGAAUAAAGGCUCCUUUAAAAGUAACAAUUGAUAUUAAACAAAAGUGAUAUUUCUUCUCGAGGACUGGAGGGUUGGAAGUUCAAAUCUUUUGAAGGGAAAUCAUCAAUAAUAGUUCUUUUUAUGUAAACAUAUUUUAACCAAGUUACUUACGUGACUUUGUAUAGGUAUUUAAAAUACAGUGGAAACAUGGAAAUGUUUAGGGAAAAUAGACAAUAAUUCAUUAGUGGACAAUUUAAAUGAACAGUAUUUAUUAAUAGAUGCUUUAGAACAUAUCAUUUUACAUCAUUUGGUUUUAAAAGAAACCAACAACAUAAAAUAAUUUUCAUGUAAUUUGUAUGUUAAGUUAAAUAUGUAUUAUUGAUUGAUAAUGUUAAUUUUAUAAAAGAUAAAAUAUUUUAAUUUUUAGCGAUUGAUCAAGACGUGCACGAAGAACAGACACACUCAACUUCAGCCACAGUAAAUAGUAAAGACAUGGAACCAAUUAGAGUUAUUUCUUUACUAAAGGUCCGUGAUGACUUGUUCUCAACAGCUAGUAAGUUAAAACUGUGUUAUUAUAUUGUAUAUUGUAUUAUUAUAUUUAUUACAUAAUAUUUAUAAAAUAACAUUAUGACUAUGUUUUUUGAAAUAAAAUAAAAUAUUAGAACAUUUGUCCAAUUAUGAUCAUUAACGAACNAUAAUAUAUAUUUGUUUUUGUUUUUUUUUUUUUAAUGUACGUUAUAAGAGUAAAAAUUGUAUUACAAAUGGUAAUAAAAAAUGUUAUGAAAUAAAAUAUCAGUAUGAAGUUACGAGUUCAAGGGCUACUCUUGUAGGCUCAAAUCAACAAAUAGUUAACAAAGGAGUACCCAUAAACGGUACAUAUUGUUUAAUAGACACAGUGUAUCAAAAAAAUUAUUUAAAAACAUUCAAAGAGUUUGGAGCCAAAGCAAUAAGAUCACAACAAAUUCUUAAUGAUAUGACAACAAUACCAAAAUUAUUCACACUUUUUAAAUGUAUGGAUAAAUCAUGUACAGACGUUUUCUCGGAUAAAGUAAUGUUUGAAUUACAUAUACAAUCACAUUUUUCAAAUAUGGGUAAAAAUAAAAGUAACUAAUAUUUUACUUGUUAUUGUCUUUAAAUUUGAGUAUAAAUGGUGAUCUUUGUUAAUGAUGUGUGUUUUAGAGAAUCAAAUAAAUAAUUCUGAACAGUUCAAACAUUGUGUAUAUUGCUUUAAACAAUUUGAUGAUGGAGAAUCUUUGGCUACUCAUAUUUUAAAAAACUAUUCUUUCUGUAAAUAUUUUUGUCCAUUUUGUUUUUAUCGUGCAUAUACACCUCUUCAUGUACUGUUUCAUCAGGUAAAUAUUAUUUUCAUUUUUAAUUGUAAUUAUGUAUUAUAAGUGUAUUAUUAAAAUUACUAUUAUUAAAAUUUUGAUUUAGAAUUUAUUUCAUAAUACAAAAAAUUCAAAAGUAAUACAACUGGAGAAUGAUAAUUCGGAAGAAAUAUUAAUGGCAGUUGACUAUAAUGAUUUUAUUAUGCCAUAUAAGUGUAAUGUCGGUAUGUUGAUCUUUAUUUUUAAUCUAAGAGAAACAAUGUCUGCAUGUUUUUAUCUGUUGUUAUUUUCCUUUAAAGUUAUUCAUGAUUUAUGUUAAAAUAAUAGACUCAAGCUUCAUAAAUCAUCAGACAUGGUUCAUAACAAUAUUGUAAAUUCAGUUUAAGUCAUAAUGGCUUAAAACUUUUCAGAACUGAUAAUUGGCUAUAGGUUCUUGUGUUACUGAGAGGUAACACUAGAGUUUGAUAGGUAAUUUUUCGGGGUGGAAUAAAAUGCUUUCGAUUCGGACUGUUUCUUAAUGCUCCUAUUGAUAUACGGAUUUCCUUAUUAUAUGUAGGAUAUAAUAUUUUAAGUAGAUUUUCUUAGCUGUGCUAUAAAUAAUUUACCCAUAAUUUAUUUGUGACAUUUUCAAGGUUUUAUUUAUGUUUAGAAGUCGUUUUAUAUCAGGCCACCUCCCAAAGUGUGAUGGUACAGUAUUUUCAUUAUGUUAUUUUUUAUUAUACAUAAACUUUUAUGUAUAAGAGAUGAUGAGUCCAUUUUAAUUGGUUGUAAAAGAUCAUUCCCUUAUAUUUUUUAUAAUAAUUUUUAAUAAUAAUUUUUUUGAGGGCUCUUUGGUCAUCAAUGGAUUUGGUUUUUUUAAAUCUGUUUAAAUAUUUUCUUCAGGCUCUGAUUGCCAUAUUACAUUUCUUGUUUUACUAUAGGACUGUUCUCUUUUUGAUAUUUAUUUACCAAUAGUCGAAUUGGCAGUAUCUAAUAUCUUGUUAGAAAAUUUGUUGAUCAUUGAAUUUCUUUCGGUUUGGUUAAUUGCAUUUUUAAGAAUAACUUGGUGGUCAAUAAAUUCUUAUUGUAUAGUAUUUUGGUAAAGUUCCCAACUGGGGUUAUUUAAAUUCCAACGGUGGAGUGGAGAUAUUGGAGGUGUUUGUCCAAAAGUAUUUAUGGAAAUGGUUUAAUGGUCACCGUUGUUAUAUUCAUUAAGUACUUUCUAUUCGGUUUUGGGUCAAAUGUGCUAUUUGGUAUUGUGGGGUCAAUAGCUGAAAGGGAAUUUUGAGUUGCAUUAUGACGAGUUUAUUCUCCAGUAUUUAGUAAUAUUAGUUGUACGUUUUCUAUAUGUUUGUCCAUAGUUUUUCUUUUUGAUCCUUGUAAUGCGAUCCCCAAAUUUAGUUACGAAUGCUAAAAUCGGCGAGAAAAAAGAAAAUAUUUAGGUAAUUGUUUGAUUAUAUCUUUGAUAUCAUUUAGUGAUAUUAUGGUACUGCCUGGUAGGUAAAUAUUGAGAGUAUAUAUUUGAGUUUUGGAGUGUAUAGAGGUAGCUAUAACUUCUAGUGAAGAUUGAGUAUGAAUUUCCGUGUUUUUAAUGAGAUUAUUGACAUACUUGUCUACUUGGCGAUUUUUGAAAAAUCUAUUGUGUCCUUUUAAGGAAAAGCUAGUGAAGGAUCUUAAUUUAUUCUCUAGGAAACAGAAGGCGAUAAAAUGGAUAAGAACUAUAGUUCGGCAGAUUUCGGUAUUGUGCUUUUGUAGGCCAUUUAUAUUCCAUUGGAUAAUAGAGUCCACGAUUAAAUUUUUAAUAAGUGCGAGUAGUAUGAAAAAAGUUUUGAGUGUGUAUGUUUCAUUAAGACACGUUUGGUAUGGAUUUGGGUUGUACUUUUUUGAGAGGUUGGGUUUGUAAAAUCAAAGCUAAUAGCAUUGUGACUCGUGGUUUAAUUGAUCUUUCCUUUAUUUUGAGUCGGAUUUGAUCAAUCAGGUCCAUUAGAGCUGGUAUGAUUCUAUUAGCAUUUUCGUUCCUCACGUGAAUAUUUACUACUUAACAAUUGAAAUUAUCCAAUGUAUAUUUAAAUUGGAGGUAUUUGAUUGGAAGGGGUCCUUUAAUGGUGAAAUAUUCAAUGAAUGGUUUUAGUCCUUCAUCCAAUUUUGUAUCUAGAUUGUUAAUUGUUGUUAGAUUGACGAAUUUUAUCGAGAUAGUAUUUUAGGUUUCUUGGUAGUUUUUUCAUUUUUAAUGAUAGUGGUAGAUAAAAAAAAAUUCUUUGGGGAGUUCGGAGGUUUGGAUGUCAUACACGAGUCUUUUAUAUGUUUCAUUUGGUGUACUCGAAAGUACUUCCUCGAGAUAAUUUUGGGUUUAAAAAAAAUUUCUGUUUCUUCAGUCCAAUCAGUUUCAAUUUGAUCAAGCUACAUAUAUGGCUUUGAGCUAAGGGAGGGGGAGGGGAUAUUUCCUUUGUAGUGGCAUCGGGUUUUUUUUGAUUUGUUUUUGUUUGGUAGGGGAUUUUUUUCCCGAUUUAAUAUGAAUUAAUAAUAAUAAUAAUCUUCCAGUCUUCGAUAUACAUCCUGUGUACAUUUUGCUAAUAUAUGAGUUAUAAUAAUAAUAAAAAUCAAGGACCUGAAAACCAAAAUUGACUAGUUUAAUGAAUGAUACUGUUACAUGAUAAUAAUUAGCGUGUUGUGUAAAUAGCCUUAAUAAAUAUUUGCCAUAUCCAGUCAACAGUUUGCCAAUAGAUGGACAUAAAAGUUAUCAAUUUCUAAUAUUUCGGACCAUGGAUGUUUGGCUAUUUGAGAAAAGUGCCUAUUGUGUACAUCAAUGUUAGGAAUUUUAAUUUAAUAUAAUGAUAGUUUUCUAUAAAAUAUUAACUAGUUGUAAGUAUAAUUUUUGUUUUCUGUGAUUCUGUCACUAUAGUUAUUUUAAUUACUAUAUAAUAUUGUUGUUACGAAUUAUAUUAUAUUUUUAUUAAAUUAUUUUAGGAUUAUGUACUUUCUCAUGUUAUGUCCCUAAUGAUUUCAUACAUCAUUUAAACAAGAAGCAUCCACAAUGUGAUAAACUCUGUUGUCACAUUUGUGGUUAUCAAGAUUAUAGUAAAGGAUUAAUUGCAUACAAUCCAAGUUUAUUAAUAGAAGUAAAUGCACAAAUUUUGUAAUUAAUUUUAUAAGUUAUUUGAUAUAAAAAUUAAAUUUUUUUACAGCUAUUGUUCUAAGGUUGUAAAUCUUAAAUAUAUUUCAGUGUAACUAUUUAGAAAUAUAUAUUAGUUUAACAUAUAUGUUCUUCUAAUGACUGUAAUAUUUACAUUUUAUAUCCAUAUAGGUUUUUUUAAACUAAUUAUUCUACUUUUUGAUAACAUGUCAGACUUAAAUAAUUCUGUAUACCAAACAAGGAUUCACAAACUUAAAAAUAAUUUUGAAUGGAGUUUAUGAAACAACUUACCUAUUGUGGCAAGAACCUUCCAUAAAUUAAAAUUAAACAUAAACUUCAUGCCUUUGUAAACAAAGGCAUGAACAAAGGCAUUUCACUAAUGUAAACAUUAGUGAAAAUGGCUAUAUAUAAAAUUAAUAAAUCAUUUACCCUAUCAAAUAAAUAUCUCUAUUUUUCAGCACUUCAAAGACCACCAUUUAAACAUGUACCAGUGUAUUUUCUGUUUGUUUGGUACUGAAACUAUGGAUUCAAUGAUCUCUCAUUUAGCCAUGGAACAUUUUGAAUAUGACUCAUUAUGUUUGGAGCGUUCUGUGAAGUCUGGCAGUUGUGUAUGAAUAAUUAAAUUUUUUAUAAUUUAUCCUUUUAUGUAAUUAUUUAUCAUAACUGUUAUAGGAUUCUUCAAAGGUUGGAAAUUUAAACAUUAUAAGAAUGGAAGCACUUUUAUACAAUGAUUUGUUAAAAAUGGUGAAUUUGCCUUCUGGCAUGAUUUCAUUGUCUGAAAAUCUUACCGAAAGAACUCAUAUAAAACAAUCAAAUAAUGCAAUUACAAAAUCUAAAAAUAGUGCCAAUAUUGAGGGAAAUAAACAAUCAUCUCCAGCAGAAGUACUACAAGCUAGUGAAAAAGUGAUGGAAAUGAGUAACUCGAUUGAACUAGUUAAUUACAAUCAAAUGAAUAUACUAAAAGAUAAUCAAAAUCAUCUACAAAAAAAAGUAACAAAUGUAGGUAUAAGUUAUGAUAUCUGUAAUAAUUUCUUUAAUAUUUACAGUUGUAAAAAAUGUGUGUAUAUUAGUUAACCAUUUUUUUAAUUCUGAUAAAAAUUAGGAAAUUGUUGACCCACAGGAAUCUGCGAAAUUACAAACUGUUGCUGAAAAUAAAAAUAUGAUAUCAUUUUCUCCCGAUACUAUUGACAAUAUACCAAUGACGGAAUUUUUCCCAAGUGUUAUGGGAUGUUCACUGUGUCCAAAUUAUACUACAAGAGUGCGGUCUAUUUUAAUUCGCCAUUUGAAAGCUCACCAAAGAAAUCGAGGUAAUACAACUAAGGUGAUUGUGAAUCCAGUAACAUCUAUUGGAAAGUCAGGACAUAUGUUUGAAAAAACGACUACUCAAUCCGCCAGUUCAGUUAAAAGGAUCAAUACGGAAAAGGUAAUAGACUUAUUGGGAACUUAGUUUUUCUAUCGAUUUAUAAAAAUAUAUAUAUAUAUAUAUAUAAAAAGAAAUAAAAAUAUAAAAAAACGAUACUUAACUUAAAGUUAAAUGAUUUUGUUUAGGUUGAACAAGCUGAGGUACAACAACAUCCCUUAGCUUUAAAAUUGAAUAAACAAAACGCAAAAGAGAAUGUUAUUGUCGAUGGAAGUUCAAUAGAUAUUAAAAAGAAAUCUAUGGUUAAAACAGUAAGUUUUCCUUUCAAAUAUUAUGGCAUAUUUCAUUCCUUAAGACAACACUUCUACCAGCAAUUUCGAUCAAAAUUAUAAGGUUAGAAAUCAUAUAAAAAAUAAUUUUCACUGAGGAGGUACAUUUGAGCACCGAUUUGUAGAUCUUUUAAUAGUUUUCCUAGCAAGUAUUGAAAAUAUGGAUAUUACAUAGAAAAUGAGGAGAAUAUGAAGGAAAUAUCAGAAAGUUGGUAUAUGAAUCAAAUAUUCUUAAAAUUAUAUUUUAUGAUUAUUUAAUUAUUCAUCAUAAUAUGACAUAUCUAUUGUUGAGAAAACAUCGUAUAAUCUGAAAUGAUUCAAUCUCCAAUUGAAUCUCCAAUCUCAAAUCUCCAAAUUGAAUCUCCAAUGCUUGGAAUCAUUUUUCGUUAAUUGUUACUAAUGUUUUAUCUUUGCCUAAAAGUAUGCAUUAAACAACAAAUACUAGUGACUACAAUUACUGUAGGAAAUCGUUUUUUUAAUAUAAUUAAAAUUAUAAGGAAUUUUAUAUUAUAUUUACCAUUGUUAGAAUAUUAUGUUUUUCAGUUAAUCAUCUGUAUUAUUCUGAUAAAAUUUAUCAAAUUGUUGACCCACAGGAAUCUGCGAAAUUACAAACUGUGGCUAAAAAUAAAAAUAUGAUAUCAUUUUCACCCAAUACUAUUGCCAAUAUCCCAAAGACGGAAUUUUUCCCAAGUCCUAUGGCAUGUUCACUGUGUCUAAAAUUUACUACAAGAGUGCGAUAUAUUUUAAUUCGCCAUUUAAAAGCCCACCAAAGAAACCGAGAUAAUACAACUAAGGAGAUUGUGAAUCCAUUAACUACUAUUAGAACGUCAGUGAAUAUGUGUGAAAAACCGACAACCCAGUCCGCCAGUUCAUGUGAAUCAAUAAUUCCGGAAAAGGUAAUAGUCUAUUGUGGAACAUACUUUUUCUUGAUAUUAACAUUUUUUGUUUAGGUUGAACGAGGUGUUGUACAACAACCUCCUAUACCUUUAGAAUUGAAUAAACAAAACGCAAAAGAGAAUGUUAUUGUCGAUGGAAGAUCUGUAGCUAUUAAAAACAAAUCGACGGUUAAAACAGUAAGUUUUCCUUUAAAUAUAUAAAGGCAUUUUUAAAUCCUUCAGAUAACUUCCCUACCGGUCAUUUCAAUAAAAAUUUUACGGAUUGAAUUUUUUAUUAAAAAUAUUGUUCACUGAAGAUGUACAUAAGACCGCUAAUUUUUAGAUUUUUCAAGAGUUCUCCUAGAAAUAGUGAUAACCUGGAUACAACAUGUUACAUCAGGAAAAACAAGAGAGUUGUACAUUAAACUUAUAAAAUUAAAAUUAAACUUUAUGUUUACUUCAUUAUUCUUUAUAAUAUGACAUAUCGACGGUUACAACAGUAAGUUUUCCUUUAAAUAUAGAAAGGCAUAUAUAAAUCCUUCAGAUAACUUCCCUACCGGUCAUUUCAAUAAAAAUUAUACGGAUUGAAUUUUUUAUUAAAAAUAUUGUUCACUGAGGAUGUACAUAAGACCGCUGAAUUUUAGAUUUUUCAAGAGUUCUUCUAGAAAUUGUGAUAACCUGGAUAAAACAUGUUACAUCAAGAAAACCAAGAGAGUUGUACAUUAAACUUAUAAAAUUAAAAAUUAUACUUUAUGUUUACUUCAUUAUUAUUUAUAAUAUGACAUAUCUAUCGUUGAGAAGGCAUCGUUUAAUCCGAAUUCUGCUCGGGAUCGUUUUCUGUUACCUAUGUAUUUUCAUUGCCUAAUAGUAUGCAUUAAACAACAAAUACUAGUGUUUACCUUCGACCUUAUUACUUUAGGAAAUAGUUUUUUUUUUAUAAAUUUAAUUCUAAAUUUUUUUUAUUACAUUUACCAGUAUUGGAAUGUUAUGUUUCUUACUUUAGCUUUUGUAUUAUUCUGAUAAAUAAUUAUCAAAUUGUUAACCCACAGGAAUCUGCGAAAUUACAAACUGCUGCUGAAAAUAAAAAUAUGAUAUCAUUUUCACCCGAUACUAUUAACAAUAUCCCAAUGACGGAAUUUUUCCCAAGUCCUAUAGGAUGUCCACUGUGUCCAACAUUUUCCACACGAGUCCGGUCCACUUUAAAUCGCCAUUUAGAAACCCACAAAAGGAACCGAGAUAAUAUAACUAAGGAGAUUGUGAGUCCAUUAACUACUAUUAGAACGUCAGUGAAAAUGUGUGAAAACCCGACAACCCAGUCCGCCAGUUCAUGUGAAUCAAUGAAUCCGGAAAAGGUAAUAGUCUAUUGUGGAACAUACUUUUUCUUUAUAUCAACAUUUUUUGUUUAGGUUGAACGAGGUGUUGUACAACAACCUUCUAUACCUUUAGAAUUGAAUAAACAAAACGCAAAAGAGAAUGUUAUUGUCGAUGGAAGAUCU